UCGUAUGUAUCACCAACAAAUAGAAAAAAAUAUCCUUAAAGAACUUUUUUACAGUUAAAACUUGUUGUACGAGUUUUGGAUAUUAAAACAGAAUCAACUACAGUCACUUACAAAAUUGAGGAUCACACGGGCGCAAUCAGGGCAAUAUGGUGGUUGGAAGAGUAUAUGGAAUUGAAAAAACACUCACCAUUUUGAAUGCAAAUGUUACGACGGAUUCCAACGAUAUCACGACACAUUUGUUGGACGUGAUCCGUGUCAAAUUUGAAGCUGAGGCCAAAAGUAAAGAAGUUCCUCCCUUGGAGAACAACCCUUGUGUACCCUUAGCGCAUUCAAUGAGUUUGGUGGUUGGAGAAUAUGAUAGGGAAUAUGAACAACCGAUGCUGACCAAAAUGCAAACUAAUAUCUGUAAUAUUCUAAAGGACUUUGAAGCAACUCCAAUUGGAAUAAGUUAUGAACAAUUGUUGAGGCAGUUUCAACCCCACCAACACUAUGAAAUAAAGAGAGCUCUUCAGUUUCUGAUCAACGAGGGUUAUGCUUAUUCCACAAUAGAUAAUUGUCAUUUUAAGUUGACGUGUGUAAUGUAAUUAAUGUUACUUUAGAAACAAAAUUU